GAAAGGCUCUCCUCUCCUCCUAUAACACAAUAAUAAAUAAUAACCUAAGCCUGUUUCGUUUCGUUUCGUUUAGCUUUGGUCAUUUCAUUUGUCGCACGCACAUCUCUCUCUCUCGUAUCUCUUCGGCUCAAGGGGGUUGAUCUCUAUCAUAUCAUCUUUCUUCAAAAGAGGGGGGAACCGAGAGGGAAUGCAGAAACAUGUAUUUCAAAGCUGAACACAAGUGCUCUUCUAUUACUGCUCCUUUACACCUCCCUUCUCCUCCCUUCUUUUCUCUAUCAUCCCCCAUCCCACAUGACACCACCUUCCACCCUUCUUCCUCUCACAAUGUUAGAAAAAUCGCCACUUGGAUGCAUGACUUAUGCGAGGACGGCUGAUCCUUGACUUUCUUCUUCUUUUUUUUCUUUUUAUAUAUAUAUUCUAUCCUUUCUAUUAGUUCUAUUAGUAGUAGUAGUAGUAGUAUUAGAGUGCCCUCAUCUAUGGAGAAGAAAGGGAGUGUUCUGAUGCUCCGUUAUGAAAUUGGCAAGCUACUUGGGCAGGGUACCUUCGCCAAGGUCUACCAUGCCAGGAAUCUCACUUCCGGGGACGGUGUGGCUAUCAAGGUCAUCGAUAAAGACAGACUCCUCAAAGUUGGUGGUAUGAGCGACCAGAUCAAGCGUGAGAUCUCUGUCAUGAGACUCUUGUCUCACCCAAACAUUGUCGAGCUCCAUGAAGUCAUGGCCACUAAAUCUAAAAUCUACUUCGUCCUGGAGCACGUUAAGGGCGGUGAGCUUUUCGACCAAGUCUCCACCGGUAAGCUCAAGGAAGGCGUCGCUAGAAAGUAUUUCCAACAGCUUGUGCAUGCUCUUCACUACUGUCACAGCCUCGGAGUGUGCCACAGGGACUUGAAGCCUGAGAAUCUCCUCUUGGACGAGCAUGGCAAUCUCAAAGUCUCUGAUUUUGGGCUCAGCGCUCUUGCUGACUCUAGACGCCUUGAUGGCUUGCUCCACACUACCUGUGGCACCCCUGCUUACGUUGCACCUGAGGUCAUCAGCAGGCAAGGCUAUGACGGUUUUAAAGCCGAUGUCUGGUCUUGUGGAGUCAUUCUCUUCGUGCUCCUCGCCGGUUAUCUCCCUUUCCGUGACUCCAACCUCAUUGACUUGUACAAGAAGAUUGGUAAAGCCGAGUUCAAGUUCCCCAACUGGUUUGCUCCUGGGGCUAAGAGGCUGCUCAAAAGGAUCUUGGAUCCUAACCCCAACACCAGGAUUUCAACCGAGAAGAUCAUGCAGAGUUCUUGGUUCCGGAAAGGCCUAGAAGAGGAGAGAGACGUAGCUGCUGAUGCAGAGACCCAAGAAGUGGUGGUGGACACAGAGCCAAUAAUGGACUGUGACAAGGCAAAGAAGCAGCAGUGUAUCAACCUGAAUGCCUUUGAGAUCAUUUCGCUCUCCACAGGGUUUGAUCUCUCGGGACUGUUUGAGAAAGGUGAAGAAAAGGAGGAGAUGAGGUUUACGUCCAACCGAGAGGCGUCAGAGAUCACAGAGAAGCUGGUGGAGGUUGGGAGGGAACUUAAGAUGAAAGUGACCAAGGAGCUACAAGGAUGGAGGGUGAAGAUGGAAGGCAAAAAAGCGGGUCCAAGGGUCGAAGCGGAGGUGUUUGAGAUUGCGCCAAGCUUCCAUAUGGUGGUGAUGAGGAAGAGCGGUGGAGAUACGGCGGAGUAUAAGAGAUUGAUGAAGGAGACUAUAAGGCCGGCUCUGAUGGACAUUGUAUUGGCUUGGCACUGAAAGUACUCUUCUUCUACUGCUAUUCUAUCUUCUUCUUUUUUUUUUAUGUUUUUUUACAAAAGUGUUUAUGUAUUCAUUCUUGAUUCUGGUGAUCUUAAGACUUGUUUUCGAGUUGUAUAAUGAACUCAUUCCCUAUAUGAAAAGUAGUUUCUCUCCGUUCCAUGAAG